AUGGCGGAACGAAACACCUCACCACCGAUUACUGUUGCGUCACUGCGCGCAAUCCGAGAAAAGAAGCGACAGCUGGUAGCUCAGCCACCUCCGAGUUCUUUCGAGCUUACACAUCGACUUCGUGACGCCCAACCACCGAUAAAGCAAGCGAUUGAAGAAACCUCAGGUCCCUCCAAAUACACCCGUCAUAAAGUGGCAACGGACGCAGUCAUUAAGCAAGAAGAUGUUGAGCCCGCAAAGCCCUACGAACAUACGCAUAGCGUGCUUGAGAGACGCCUGACCGAAAAGCAAGACGAGGACAACAUCAAGGCCACGAAAGAUCUAGAGGAUUUCCAACGCUCUACUUUCACCGAAUACUGGUAUGUUUUCGGAGACCUUCCGGAGGUUGAGGACAUUCGAAUGAUCAUCACAGCCUUGUACCGCAUCAACGAGCCGACCGGCUUGUCGAAGAAGUGGGCAAGGGACUUCCGUCAUAAAAAGCGACUUGGCCUGUUUCUCCUAGAAGAUGUAGUAGCUCAAGGACUGCAGAAUGAGGGACUAGUAACCACGGCGACUCCCUUAGAGCAUGCUCGCUCGAUGCUCCUUCGCCCAGAUCUCAUAACGAUGGCGAGUGUGCAAGAGUUGGGUCAACAAAUCAAGCAAACCAACAAGGCGCAGAGGAAGGUCUCGAAGCUUCUGCGAGCUAGGGAGAGGCGACAAGCAGCUUCACAUUUGGAUGACUGGCUCGAAGGCGGGGUGCAGGAGGAUGUUCGUGUGAUGCAUACUCAAGCACAUCAGUCCGACGCAGGACACACACUGGAGAACGAGCCAGCUCAUGACGCUCUAGGAUCUGCUUCGCGUGGCGUUGUUCUCGGGAAACGCUCGGCACCAACGCCUUUACACCCAGACGAUCGAAGCUAUGCCGGGGGCUUGUCGUCUUUCGUACAACCUGAGCUUGACAAUGUUAUUGCUGGAGAUGCAGAUCCGUCCCUGGUGGCCAUGUGGCAGGUUAUACCCGACCUCCAGAAAGAUGCUAUGCAGGACAUCAAGACUCAGCUCAUCGUUCCAACGGUCGUCGAAUACUUGGAUAUCGUCAAGCGGCGCAAAUUGGGCACUCUUGCGGCUGGAAAUGGUACGGGUGCGGAUUACGGACUACUGCAGUCCCAACCAGCCGUCGCUGCUCAGACACUCGCAAAGCACAGCGCCUCAUCUUCGUCUCCCUUGAACUUUCGUAUCGAAGGAUUCCUGAUGGGCAUCAGGAACGGUACCAUGACUGACGAGAAGGUGCCGAGCAAUUUCUCGAUCAAGGCCCAGACGGAUAACGGCGACACCAUCAUCCACGCAUCUGUGCGUGCCGACGCCUAUAUGACCAUCUUCAAGGCCCUCAGUGUCCUGGAUUUACUUGAUCGUGACAUGGACAAGGUGGAACACAGCAAGGCAAAUGGUAUAAAAGGCAGAUGGACGUGCUUGUUCAAGAAAGCACUGAACGAGAUGUGCAAGUGGCCGACUGAAGGCGAAGCGGGACAGUACGCAUGCGACUACUGUAUGAGACGUCGCCGCCCUUGCAUCAUUGCAAUCAAGGGCGUCUUCUCAGUUGCCCCAUUAGCUCCUAGCCUGAGGAUGGGUCGAGGACUGGGUGACAGGGAAUACUGCGUGUUGCCCGGAGGGGCUGUCAACGCAAAGCGAAAGUUCUUCUCGUAG